AUGAGUUCAGAUAUCGACCUGGCCUCGACGUCGAGCAUGCUGCCUCCAACUUCGUCCUCAGAUCAAGCCGGUCCGUUGAGUCUAAUCCAGCCAAAAGCAGUGUCUCGAUUAGGCGCUAUGCAAAGCAGAAAGUCGGUCUUAUACUCUUCAGGCGACUUCCGAAACAGCUCCGUGCCAGAGUUCCGCGAUAUGAAAGCCGACAUGAUGUGCAACUGGUUGUACCAGCAACAAUUGGAACGGAUGUGGUCGACUAAUGGCCUGGAGGAGGGUGUGGUUCUCAAGAAAACGAAAGAUGACUACAAGUGUGCUCCAGCAGACCUUUCGACUCAUCGGGACGGAUUCUUCGAUGCUGUACAGAAGCUCAACGUCAAGGCAAGUCCACUCAUCUGUGCAUUAACUGUCAACACACGCAUCAUCAAGCUCUUUCUGCAAGACGAUAGCCUCAUCCACGUUCCAUUAGAAUCAGGUUUACGCUUGCAGAUCUUGCCCAGUAUCUCACAUCUGCCUCAGUGCCAGAAACAUCACUUUGCUGCCUUUAUCCGGGACUCUCAAAUCCUCAUCGUGUGGGACGACGAUCCGAAUCAUGUUCUUAAACGAGUACAAGGUAUCGAGGGGCAGCUCGUCAGUAUGGUUUGGAAAGAACAAGUGGAUGAUGACGACUCCGUCGCCCCGAUGGGAAGUGCAAUUCCCAGUACUACCAACUUAAAUCCCGACGACAAUUCUUCAAACCUGGAGCAGGUUGUGAUUGCUCCACGCCGGGUGGUAUUGAUUCAAUCCGUGCUCACUGCUAUCACGCUCAUUCUGCUUGUUGUUGCCAUCGGCAGCGGCUGGCGGCAGAUUGCCAUCGAAGUAAGAGUCGACAAGAACUGGAUGCGUCUUGCUUUCCUGCUGGUUGUACCAUUCCAGUGCUGGCUGGCUCUUUUUUUCAUGCAAUCUGUCGCUGGCUGCGUUGCUCAGAUUAUGGGUCCCAUCAGUCAGAUGAAUGCAAACACUAAAUUCUUUUCUGGUCAACCUCCACCCCGUCUUGCACGCUCGGCCGUUCUCCCACACGUUACAAUCCAAUGCCCAGUGUACAAAGAAGGUCUAUAUUCAGUCAUCGACCCGACUGUCAAGUCCAUCAAGGCAGCCAUUUCAACCUACGAGAUGCAGGGCGGCACCGCCAACAUCUUCAUUAACGACGACGGGAUGCAAUUGAUUCCUCCCGACCAAGCCCAGGAGCGCCGCGAGUACUACGACGAGCACAACAUUGGCUGGGUCUCUCGCCCCAAACACAACCCCAGACCAGCAGACGGAGAGAAGAAAUUCAUCCGAGCUGGCAAGUUCAAGAAGGCGUCGAACAUGAAUUAUGCCCUCAACGUAAGCACACGCAUCGAGGACAAGCUAGCCCUAAUCAACCGCGAUGAUCGCUGGGGCGUGGAGAAGGAGCGCGAUGCGUACGAUUCGGCGUUAGCUGAAGUCAUUGCUGAAGACGACGGGUGGACUCAGGCCGAAGGCAACGUCCGCAUCGGCGACUACAUCCUGCUGAUAGACUCGGACACACGUGUCCCAGUCGACUGCUUCUUGGAUGCGGUCAGUGAGAUGGAACAGUCUCCUGCAGUUGCGAUUAUCCAAUUCGCGUCUGGCGUCAUGAACGUCGCGGACACCUGGUUCGAAAAGGGCAUUACUUUCUUCACGAAUCUCGUGUACACUGCGAUCCAGUAUGCAGUGUCGAAUGGGGACGUCGCGCCUUUUGUCGGGCACAACGCUUUUUUGCGCUGGAAGGCCGUGCAAGAUGUCGCGUAUAUCGAGAUAGACAUCAACGACGGCGGCAGUAAAGAAAAGUACUGGUCCGAAGCCACUGUGUCUGAGGACUUCGACAUGGCUCUCCGGCUCCAAACGAACGGCUACAUCCUUCGUCUGGCUGCAUAUGCCGGCCAGGGAUUCAAGGAAGGCGUCUCGCUGACGGUGUACGACGAACUUGCGCGCUGGGAGAAAUACGCCUAUGGGUGCUCCGAGUUGAUCUUUCAUCCAUUCGCACAGUGGUUCGCAAAGGGUCCUCUGACGCCCAUCUUCCGAAACUUCAUCUCCAGUAAUAUGCCUCUGCCAUCCAAAAUAACCAUCAUGGCUUACGUGGGCACAUACUACGCCAUCGGUUCGGCUUGGAUCUUGACUCUGCUCAAUUACUGCAUCGUCGGCUGGUUCAAUGGCUUUCUGGAUCACUACUACAUUGAUAGUUUCAAGAUUUACUUCGCCAUCAUCCUCGUCUUCACGGCCUUGGGAAACCUCGCCCUCGCCAUCAUGAAAUAUCGCAUCGAGGAGAAGACGCUGGGCUCUGCAUUGUAUGAAAACUUCCGCUGGAUCCCAUUGCUAACGGUCUUUUUGGGCGGCAUCUCGUUGCAUGUCUCCCAGGCAAUAUUGAGCCAUUUGUUCAGCGUUGAUAUGAGUUGGGGGGCGACCAGCAAGGAAGCAACGGACACCAGCUUCUUCAAAGAAGUUCCAGUGAUAUUGCGCAAGUUCCGACUGACAUUUGCAUUCUGUGUGGUGCUGAGCCUGGGAAUGAUUAUUGUCGCGGGAAUCGGGCCGCUCGGUGCCUUGGUGCCCUAUGACUGGCAGAUAUCGUUCUUCACGGCGAUUUGGCCUUUGGCAACUGUUGUUGGUGAGUCCUUGUCCGGUGUUGACGUGUUUGAUAAAUUAUGUGCAUGUAUUUCUGACGAAGAUGGUGUUAUAGCUUCGCAUGCUUUACUGCCGCUCGUGCUGAAUCCUGGAUUGAUGCAGUUCACAUUUUAG